AUCAAAAAACUUCGAGGUUUAUAAAGGGAGCGUCGCGAGAUCUUCUGCACUGCACUUCAGGAGCAGUUCACACAUUGUCUGAAACACUCAGCCUUCACUACCCAUUCUAUUCUACAAGAUGGCUCCCUACACACUGACGUAUUUUCCGGUCAAAGGCAGAUGUGGUGCCUUGAAGAUGCUUCUGGCGGACAAGGAGCAGCAGAUGAAGGAGAACCUGGUGUCCAGAGAGGAGUGGAUGAAGGGUGAUAAGAAAGCCAGCUAUCUCUUUGGACAGUUGCCUAAAUUUGAAGAUGGUGACCUGGUCCUGUAUCAGUCCAAUGCCAUUUUAAGGCAUGUGGGUCGCAAACAUGGUGCAUAUGGAAAAAACGACUGUGAGGCUUCUCUUAUUGACAUGAUGAACGAUGCAGUUGAAGAUCUUCGUCAAAAAUACAUCAAACUGAUCUACCAGGAAUAUGAGACUGGUAAGGAAGCGUACUGCAAAGAUCUGCCCAACCACCUCAAACCAUUUGAAUGUAUUCUGUCCAAAAGCAAAUCUGGAUUCCUAGUUGGUGAUCAGAUCUCAUUUGCGGACUACAACCUGUUUGAUCUAAUGCUGAAUCAUAAAGUCCUUUGCUCUACCUCUCUGGACUCCUUCCCAACUCUCAAGAGCUAUGUGGAUAAGAUUGCUGCCCGCCCCAAAAUCAAAACCCUCCUGGAGUGUGAAAACUUCAAGAAGCUUCCCAUCAAUGGCAAUGGCAAGCAGUAAUUCAGUUGAACAUUCACUUGCUGCAAUCACUUACAAACAUUGGCACUUGCUGUUAAAAGGCCUUAACUGGUGAUCUGUGAUUAGCAAAACUUCUCAAGUCUUUGUAUGAAUGUCUAUUUUGUAUUUUUAACUGUUUUUGAAUCCAUGUAUCAAUUAUUAUGAAUAAAAAAAGGUAAACAUCCAGAA